AUGGGAAACACUGAAUCUCGUAACGAUAAUGUUAAAACUUUUCGAAGAAAACCAAGUUUUUCUCGACUCAGUUCUUCUCAUGUGAAAACAAAUAGUAUCUCACCAGAUCGUAAUGAUAGUAUUAAUAGUUGCAAUAUUAAAACUUUUCCUGCUGACUGGGAAGAAGCUGAUAGAGUUCAAACUUGCCACUUCGCGUUAAAACAUUUGCUUGGUGGCAAUUACUCUGCACCACUUCCUGAUAUUAUUAAACCAGAAAGUAAAAUUUUAGACAUUGGAUGCGGUUCUGGUCAUUGGUGCUUUGAAAUUGCACAAGAAUUCCCUGACGCAGAAGUUUAUGGCAUAGAUAUAAUAUCAUCAUUUCCCAGUGAAAUAAAACCAUCCAACUGUUACUUUCAAGAAUGUAAUAUAUCGAAUGGCUUACCUUUCGAAAAUAAUGAAUUCGAUUAUAUUUUUAUGAGACAUAUGUUUUUAGCAUUAAGAAAUCAUCAAUGGGUACCACUGUUGAAUGAAAUAAUGAGAAUAUUGAAACCUGGUGGUGUUAUUGAAUUUGUGGAUUUUGAUUUAAUUCCACGAUCAAUUGGCCCGGUUUAUGCUAAAUUAGUAAAACAAUGUUAUGAAUCAUUAUACAAAAAAAAGCAAAUCGAUCUCUUAUUUCUUCCAAAAUUAGAACAAAUUAUCAAAGAUGUAGGAUUUCAAAAUGUAAAUUGCAUUCAUAGAAGUGUAUCUCUCGGAAAAUGGGAUAAAAAUAUUGGUAAAAUUGGUGAAAUAUGGACUUCAAAUAUGCUUCAAAUGAACAAAUCUCUUAAAUCAUUAAUUACAUCACUUGUAAAUAUCUCAGAUGAGGAGUUGGAUCGUUUAUUAAAUGUAAUAUAUUUCGAAGAAUUAGACAAUUAUCAUUCAUAUCAAGAUCAUUAUAUUAUUUUAGCUACUAAAAGUACGAAUGAUGAAAGUAAUUAG